UCCAAAUUCUCCGUGAACCGCUAGCAAUUGUAUAAGCUGCAGGAAACCACAACUAUCGUCAUGGCAUACAUAGCUCCAAUUCAUCGCCCAAGCAGCGUCCGCCACGCUAUCAAGCUCAACUUCCUAGCUCCCGAUGAGGACUGCCUUGUCGUUGCGAAAGCAAAUCGCCUCGAAUUCUACACCCAAACCUCAGAUGGCCUCUCCCUUCAACAGUCGAGGGCCAUUUAUGGCAAAGUUACUAUGCUCCAGAAGCUUCGGCCCGCACUGUCCCCCACCGACCACUUAUUCAUAGGAACAGAUCGAUUCAUGUACUUCACUCUAUCCUGGAAUGCGGACACAAAGCAGCUUCAGACGGAGAAAACGUUCGAGAGCGUUACCGACAAUGCCGCGCGGGAGUCGCAGACUGGAGAGCGGUGCCACAUUGACCCCUCAGGAAGGUUCAUGACACUAGAGGUGUACGAAGGCAUAAUCACUGUCAUCCCCCUGGUCCCCAGGGGGAAGAAGAGGAAACAGGAGGCAGACAUCGCUCACCUUGGAGAGCCUGUGCCCAUACGGGUAUCCGAAAUGUUUGUCCGGUCGUCGGCCUUUCUCCACCCAAGGUCCUCUGAUGAUAAGCCAAGUCUUGCUCUUUUAUAUGAAGAUACCCAUUCCCAGAUACGGCUGAAGUUUCGUGAGCUGUCAUUUGCUGGUGGAGACUCAAUCGAUCUAGACGAAGGCGAGCACUAUCGAGGAGAGCUUGAGCUCGGUGCCAGUCACCUGAUCCCCAUCAAAGAGCCUACCUAUGGUCUCAUCAUCCUUGGAGAGACCUCAAUUGGAUACUAUAAUGACAGCACAGGAGACCUUACCGUAGAACCGCUCGAGGACGCGACCAUUUUCGUGGCUUGGGAGCAUGUCGAUGCUCAGAGAUUCGUAUUUGCAGACGAUUAUGGCCGCCUAUAUCUAUUCAUGCUGGUGCUAGAUGAUGACAGUCGAGUGCAAUCUUGGAAACUCGACGUCAUUGGUCAAACUUCACGAGCAUCGAUGCUAGUAUAUUUAGAUGCCGGAUACAUAUUCGUUGGGUCACAUCAAGGUGAUUCGCAAGUUAUUAGAAUUGCCGAGAGGUCUAUGGAAGUUGUGCAGACUUUCUCUAACAUAGCCCCAAUCUUGGAUUUUACGAUUAUGGACAUGGGCAACCGAUCUGGCGAGGGCCAAACCAACGAAUACUCCUCCGGCCAGGCUCGAAUAGUCACAGGAAGCGGGGCAUAUCAGGAUGGUAGCUUGAGAAGCGUGCGGAGUGGAGUCGGCCUCGAAGACUUGGGACUUCUUGGCGAGAUGGAGCACAUAUCGAAUCUGUUUAGCCUCAAAUCGGAUUUUUCGUCGCAUUUCGUGGAUAUCUUGCUGGUCACAUUCGUCAACGAGUCACGCGUCUUCCGUUUCGACCCCCAAGGAGAAGUAGAAGAGGUGGAGGAGUUCGCUGGCCUUUCCCUAGGGGAAACGACUUUGGCCGCUUUGAAUUUAUCCCAAGGACGUCUGGUACAAAUAACCAGCACCCGCGUGCAGAUCACCGACUUGGAUGGUGGCAUGGUCGUAGCGGAAUGGUCGCCGUCAGGCGCACAGACAAUUACCGCUGCUUCUGCGAAUGACACCAACGUCCUAGUUUCUUUAGGAGGUGUGACGAUCGUUGCUCUCAGCAUUGACGGUGGGCUUAGUGUUGUGAAAGAGAAAACUUUCGCUUCGGACAGUCAAGUGGCCUGCAUUGCACUUCCACCAACCUCAGACUCGAUAUGUUUCCUGGGGUUCUGGCAGAACUCAAGACUCGAGAUAUGCUCACUCACCACACUGGACACUAUUACCGACGUUCAGAUUUCCGAUGAUUCGGUUCCCCGAUCACUCAUUUUGACACAGAUCUUCCCUGACCAACCACCAACACUCUUCAUUGCGAUGGCAGACGGAAACGUAAUCACAUACUCUAUGAAUCCAUCCACACACCAACUAUUCGGGAAGAAGAGCAUAAUCCUCGGAACACAGCAGGCAAACUUCCGAGCACUACCACGAGGAGAAGGUCUCUUCAACGUCUUCGCGACUUGCGAACACCCUUCGCUCAUCUACGGCUCAGAAGGCCGCCUCGUCUACUCUGCCGUCACAGCCGAAAAAGCCACAAUAGUAUGUUCCUUCGACUCUGAAGCCUACCCUGGCUCUGUGGCCAUUGCAACAUCAGAAGACCUUCGAAUCGCGCUAGUAGACACCGAGCGCACAACUCACGUCCAGACCCUCAAAGUAGACGAAACAGUUCGCCGAAUCGCUUACUCACCCUCACUGAAAGCAUUCGGCUUAGGGACAAUCAAACGCGUAUUAAAAGCAGGAGAAGAGAUCAUGAUAAGCGCGUUCAAACUUGUCGAUGAAAUUAUGUUCAAGGAACUCGACACAUACCAACUCAGCGAAGCCGAGCUGAUAGAAAGUGUCAUGCGGUGCGAACUCGACAACGGUUCUGGCGACCUCGUCGAACGCUUUGUCAUCGGAUCAGCGUAUCUUGACGACCAAGUAGCGGUUGCGGAGCGAGGCCGUAUUCUGGUGCUGGAAGUCACAGAGGACAGAAUGCUCAAACUAGUCUGCGAACUCGCUGUCAAAGGCGGAUGCAGAUGUCUUGCUAUGUGUGAAGGAAAGAUUGUGGCGGCGCUUAUCAAGACCAUCAUUAUUUACGAUUUCGAGUACAAGACAGCGAGUAAACCGCAGCUCGUCAAAGCAGCUUCUUUCCGAUGCUCAACGGCACCGAUAGAUGUUACCGUCAAUGGCUCUAUUAUCACCAUCGCAGAUCUCAUGAAAUCAGUCGUAGCGGUAGAGUACAAGCGGGGAGAGACGGGGCUCCCAGACACUAUUGUCGAAAUCGCCCGACACUACCAAACCACGUGGGCUACAGCCGUCGCGGAAGUGGACGAGAACACUUACCUAGAAAGUGAUGCUGAAGGGAACCUAAUGGUGCUUUACCGUGAUUCAAACGGCGUAACAGAAGACGACAAGAAGAGGCUGAAGAGAAGUUCGGAGAUGCUGCUUGGGGAAAUGGUGAAUAGGAUACGUAGGAUAGAUGUAGUAACUGCGUCUGACGCUGUGGUUAUUCCGAGGGCGUUUAUGGCCACGGUUGAAGGAUCCCUCUACCUCUUCGGACUAAUAACCCCGUCUUACCAAAACCUCAUCAUGACCCUCCAGUCCAAUCUUGCUGAGCUCAUCCACUCCCCAGGCGAUAUCCCUUUCUCCAAGUUCCGCGCAUACAAGAACCAGGUCAGAGAGGAAGAGGAGCCGUAUCGAUUCGUGGACGGCGAUCUGAUUGAGCGCUUCUUAGACGAGAGUGGGGAAGUGCAACAGAAGGCUAUCGAAGGGUUGGGUAUGGAUGUUGAGAGUGUGAGGGGUAUGGUGGAAGGUCUUAGAAGGUUGCACUAACAUAGGUAGGGAGGUGGUGGUGAGAAACUGAGAAGGCUUUCAUGCUAUUGCGGCAAGAGACAGACACUGGCUAGUCUGUUUUUGAGGAGAAACGAAAGACUAUGAAGGCAUGUAAAAUCUAGAGUGAGU